GGGACCAAAUUAAACAAAACAAAAAAAAAUACAGGUUGUUGGAACGCAUACCGCUUUGCGGAGGCAGCCCUCCAGGACGUCUCGGAACGUAUUAUGUAUGCUACACCAAAAUAAAACACCACUUUCGUUAGAACUGAUCGAUGAUGUCCAGCCAGUUUCCCUGUAGGCUACGACUCGUUCGAACAGAAGGAUCUUAAUGUGGUGGAGGUCAGCACAACAAUCAUGGAUAGCCUGGACCAGAAACGGCCCGAGUGUGGAAGACAGACCCAUCAGCACCUCCAGAGCACUCCACUGGAUCUCAUUGAGACUGGCAAGGGUCUGAAGGUCCAGGCAGAGCGCCCACAUCUGGUUAGCCUUGGGAGUGGACGAUUCAGCACAGCCAUCACCCUGCUGCCACUGCCUGAAGGCAGGACCUCUCUGGGCCAUGGCGCUGUGGACAUCAGCAUCCAGGGCCCAGGUGUGGCAGCUCAGCACUGCUACAUAGAGAACUACGCUGGGGUCAUCACCCUUCACCCCUGUGGGAACCCGUGCUCUGUCGAUGGACUCCCUGUGCACAAGCCUGUUCGCCUGUCACAAGGAUGUAUGCUGUGUUUUGGCCAGUCGGCCUUCUUUCGCUUCAAUCACCCUGAAGAGGCCCUCAGGAUGAAGAGUAUGUUGCCGGCUAGAAACCUCAGUGGCAGCUCCAAAACGUGUACAGAUCCAGAGAGCCUGGUCAAUGGAAAACUUUCACCUGUACUGGCAGACCUACAUCCUGCUGCCCAAGAGAAGGUCCACCCUGAACCUGUCACCCUGGUUAGCUCCAAUGAGAAGGACCUGCAUGACAUCAUGGAGUCCCUUGCUCCAGAUGACGUACAAUCUCUGUCCCUGAAGCCCACCAAAAUGCAUGUCCACCCUGUCCCACAGCUGUCUCCAUCCCUGGUGGUAAAUGAUGGUGGAUACCAAUAUUUAUCUCCUGUUACUAGCCCUGGGGCCAUAUUGGUGGACUCUAGCAUUUAUAAUGCCUCUCCACCUGUAUCCUUGCUCUCUUCUCCUUCAGCAGCCAGCAGUAGGGGCUGCAACAGCCCUUUAUUUGAUGGUUGCCAGGACAUGGUCCCCCCAGUGCCUGUCCGCUCCUCCAGCUUCCGCUACACCGUACAGCCACCCACAUCCCUGACUUCAGCCCUGUCUCCUGGUUGUAUUGCUGCUCAUUCGGGGCUCAAGGUGCCAGAAAGUCCCAGAGCUCAGAGGAAAGCAAUGCAAGAACCUUCCCCAAGCCCCACAUCAGGCUACAGGCGACCGAGCCAAGAUGUACUACCUGCAGUCUGUGUAUCAUCUGCAGUGGGACAAUCUGGCUCCUCAGGUAGGAGCUCAACACCCCCCAAAAUCACCACUACAGUCUUGCACCCAUGCCCAUUGAGUCCUAGGCCUGUCACCUCUGUCCACCAGGAAUGUCCGCUUAGCCCCUUCAGAGAGCCCUCAUCUCCCUCUCAGCCUCGGACUCUUCUGUCUCCUGUGGACCCUAUUGUCCGAGUUGUUCCAGUUAACUUUCAGCCACAAGCACACAAGCUGGAAUCCAAUGGCAGCCUCAUACGAGAGCACCCACCUUUCAGCCCGUCCAUGCCUUGCCAGACAGCCCCCUUGCUUCCAGGUGAACUGGGUGACCCCACCCUAGCUAAGCAUAUCUCAGAGAGUCCUACAAUGUGGUACAGAAGCAGGUCCACCUCAGAAGAGCAUCUGGGGGUUAGGUGGGGCCGAGCCUACAGUCCAUCCCCUGCUCCUCUGGACUUGGGAGAGAGUGGUGGAACUGAACGAAAGGCAAGUCUGGGUAGCAGCUCCUCCCUGACGUUCAGCCUGGGAUCCUUACCAGGCUCUUCCCCCCGUGCCCUCAGGAAAAUGUCUGGAGGGCCUCGGGAUUUGAGAACCCCUUCCAGUGGCAUGCGGGAACGCAAGAACAGCAUCACAGAGAUCUGCAGUAACAAGGAUGAACUACUGGAGUACCAUCGAUGGCAGCGUGCAGAACGACUACGGGAACAGGAGAUGGAGAAGCUGGAGAGGCAGCGGCUCGAGACCAUUCUCAACAUGUGUGCUGAGUACAACAGGGAUGAGAUGGACUGUGAAGCAACAACAGGAGGGAGGUUACAUUUGACUGGUCAAGGUGAGGCAGCAGGCAGGAAAUCCUCCAUGGAUACAGGAGCUCCUAUGGCCCUGCGUGGACCACUUGGCCAGCGGGAGAGUGAUGAGGAGAACCUAAAAGAGGAAAGCAGCAGCACUGAGAGCACACACCAUGAGCAUGAGGAUCCUCUGUGCCAGGACCAGUCCAAACCGCUGGAGUUGGGCCUUCUGGAGGAAGAGCGUAUGAAGGUUCUGGCCCGGGUGGAUGAGUUGAAAGGGCGGGUCAGGGAACUGGAGCAUCAGCUGGAGGCCUCCAAGCAGGAGGUGGAGAUGGAGCAGGCACUUCUGCAGGGUGAGCGCCAGGCAGAGUUGGAGCAGGUAGAGGCCGAGACUGAGGCUGUGGCGCAGUUACAGAGCAGACUCAGUGAGCUUGAGAAGACCAUCCAGAGGGAGAAAGACAAGGAGAGGGAGAAAUUGGAUGCCGAGCGACAUGUCUUGCAGCAGCUGCGGAAUGGACUGGAUGAGUUGAACGGCCAACUGCACAACUGCCCCGAGUCCCUGAGGGAGCAGCUGCAAGAACAGCUCAAAAAGAAGGCAGAACUCUUGGAGUCCGGGACUAAGCGCUUUGAGGAUCUGGAGUUCCAGCAACUGGAGAAGGAGAGCAGCCUGGAGGAGGAACGGGAGACAUUAGGCCAGAAGCUGCUCCAGGAGCAGACUGUAUACCAGAAGAGCUUGGCUUGUAGGAAGGAGAAAGUGGCAGCAUUGGAAACCCAGGUCGUCCAGCUGGGAGAGCAGGCAGCCCUAGAGUAUGAUCAGAUAACUCAGAACAAGAGCCUAACCCUGGAGCAGCUCCAAAAGGAGAAGGAAAAACUGGCUGACCUGGAGAAAAAAUACAUCAGUCUAAUUGGAGGAAAGGGUUUCUUUAAGAGUUCCAGCUCUGGGAAAGAGGAAGUCCUUCAUAUCAGUGAGACUGACCUUUCGGAUGAAGGCCACUCCCAGAAUUCUCAUUGCCAACCUGCUGGCCCUUAUGUAGAUGCCUCUUCCUAUCACUUGUAUCCCAGCAGACCACAAGAGUCUCAGGAGGACACAAAGCUGCCGGAUGUGUGUAAGAUGUACAAACGCAGUUGUGACGCUCGACUUGCCACCUCUGCUCAGCACGGCCCCUUACUUUCUGUAGUACCAGCAGCACCCUGUGAGGCGUUCCAGUUGGAGGAAAAUGGAGAUGGUGGGCAGAUGUCACUGGUCCAAGCAGGAACUGUAUUGCAGUACGAUACUGCAACAUUGGGGCACAACACAUCAGCUAAGUGCCCCCUGAUGGCCUCCAGCAGCACUGGAAGUCUACCUGGGAACUUGGCUGCCACUCUGCAGGGUAUAGAAAAUAAGAGGCAGCUGGCCUUGCAGCAGAAAGGCCAGCAAGUGAUUGAUGAGCAGAGGCGGCGGCUGGCAGAGCUGAGGCAGAGGGCCGCAGUGGAAGCACAGUGCCAGUGGGAGGCGCUGCGUGGCUCUCAGUCCCAGCUUGACGCCUCGCUCCGGUCACCUGAGCCUCCUGGGAUGCACCACUCCAUCCUGCACCACCAAAGCCCCCAGGCACGCGAGCAGCCAUAUGAUACUUUGAGUUUGGAGAGCUCUGACAGCUUGGAAACCACCACCUCCAUAGACACCCACUCAGCUUGCUCUCCAGACAACUUCUCCAGUGCAAGUAUAAUGGACUCCCUGCGGAUGGAGGAGAUGGAGAGGAUGCUGAAGGAAGCUCAGCUGGAGAGGGCCAGGCUGAUUGAGAGCCGAGAGAGAGAGAGCCAGGUCCGGAAGGAGCAGCUGCAGGAGGAGCGGAGGAGGCGUGAGGAAGCGGAACGGAGGCUCGAGGAGGAAACUGUUCACAGGAAGCAACUGGUGGAGCGGGAGGUGAAGAUAAGAGCCAGGAAUCUGUCUCAGGCUCGACCAAUGACACGUUACUUGCCCAUCCGCAAGGAGGACUUUGACUUACGGUCUCAUAUAGAUUCCGCAGGACAUGUCCUGGCAACCUGCUACCACGUGAGCCUCACUGACAAGAUGUGCAAAGGUUAUCUGGUCAAAAUGGGAGGCAAAAUCAAAUCCUGGAAGAAACGCUGGUUUGUCUUUGACCGCCUCAAGAGGACAUUUUCCUACUAUGUUGACAAGCACGAGAGCAAGCUCAAGGGAGUGAUCUACUUCCAGGCCAUUGAGGAAGUGUACUUUGACCACUUGCGAAAUGCUGCAAAGAGUCCUAACCCCAGACUGACCUUCUGUGUCAAGACUCAUGACCGUUUAUACUACAUGGUUGCUCCAUCUGCAGAGGCCAUGAGAAUCUGGAUGGAUGUUAUAGUAACAGGGGCUGAAGGUUACACAGAGUUCAUGAUGUAGAAAGGACUAGAAAAUUGUCUUAAAGCUAAAUUCUCUCAAGAGAAAUUCAAAUGAUUUGGGCCUACAGGUCUUAGUACUGAAAACCUGAGUUUUGAGAAGACUUUUUCAUUUUGUAAUUUUGUUAGUCUUUGUACAAUUAUUUCAGUCUGGCUUCAGAUUGUCCUCUGAUUUGUAUUGUUCUGGCUGGAUCAAAAAAGGAGCUCAGAACUUUUGCUUGUGGGGUUUCAUUGCCAUUACUAAGGGCUGAUUCCUACAGUCAUAGUGCAUCUUAUAUAGUAGUGAAUCGUAUGUUGCAUCAAACUGAAGUUCGUUUGUACAGCCUUGUUUUUAUGCACAAGUUUUACAGGAAAAGAAAGCAAUUAAACAUUCAUUCCAAUGUAAUUUUAAAACACUAUAGUCACCCCACAAGGAGUCUUUUGCAUUUUGGAUAAUACAACAUCAGUGGAAGUAUCUUUCACAUUUCCCUGUGACCGAUGUUGCCAAAAAUGUGCAAGCAUAAAAUAUUGUGCCAAAUGUGACUGUUACUUGAUACUGAACCAGCAGUGAGGCAGAUGAUUUUGGUGUAUAAAAAUAAAAAUAGUAUUUGCCACUGAAA